AUGGAGAACGUUCAAUAUGCGACAUGGGCGGAGCUCUUCAAAAUUCACGCAAGAUCCCAUAAAGUCCUUGAUCAUAUUAUUCCUCCGGCUUCGGGAAAGGAGAAAAUGCCUAAGACCGACGAGGAGAAGGAACUGUGGUCCACUCUCAAUGCAACAGUUCUUCAGUGGAUCUACGCCACUAUCUCACAUGAUCUGUUACACAUCAUUCUUGAACCCGACACCACGGCAAUGGAGGCUUGGAAUAGGUUGCGUGAUAUAUUCCAAGAUAACAAACACUCCCGUGCCGUUACACUUGAGUAUGAUUUCACUCACACACAAAUGGAGAAUUUCCCAAAUGUCUCUGCUUACUGUCAACAUCUCAAGUCGUUGUCGGAUUAA